AUGUUGGAAUCGCCAGCACCAAUUCUCCCAAGACGCAAGCACCAGGAGAACCUUGCCAGAGCAUCUGGUGCCACCAUGUUCACUGCACAUGUGGGAAAUCUGAAGCCAAAGAGCUCAAGUUACUAUGAACAGACAUUCGUUGACCAGCUCCAGCGAGGAGGCCUCUCCCCUGGCCUUGGCUACUGUGAAGAGGCCCACCCACUCCGAUUAGCAGGCGGGUGGAACGACUUGCUGCGGUCCUCCCAGACUUUCAGGCAGGCUCAGAAACACCAGAACAGCAGCCCAGCCCAGGCCAAACCCUCCCUCCAUUGUAAGAUAGAUGAAGCUCCUGAGAUGUUUGGUGACUUGCCCAAACUCCCAGUGGUCCUGUCCCACAACCUGUGCACGGUGCUGAAGGUUCCGCACGAUCCUGUUGCCCUGGAAGAGCACUUCAGGGAUGACGACGAGGGGCCCGUGUCCAAUCAGGGCUACAUGCCGUAUUUAAACAAGUUCAUUCUGGAAAAGGUCCAAGACAACUUUGACAAGAUCGAAUUCAAUAGGAUGUGUUGGACACUCUGUGUCAAAAAAAACCUCACAAAGAAUCCCUUGCUCAUUUCGGAAGAAGAUUCGUUUAAAGUAUGGGUUAUUUUCAACUUUUUAUCUGAGGACAAAUAUCCAUUAAUUAUUGUUCCAGAAGAGAUUGAGUACCUGCUUAAGAAACUGACAGAAGCUAUGGGAGGAGGCUGGCAGCAAGAACAAUUUGAACAUUAUAAAAUCAACUUUGACGACGGUAAAGACGGCCUUUCUGUGUGGGAGCUGAUUGAGCUGAUCGGAACCGGACAGUUCAGCAAAGGCAUGGAUCGGCAGACCGUGUCGAUGGCCGUUAACGAAGUCUUUAAUGAGCUUAUACUAGAUGUGCUGAAACAGGGUUACAUGAUGAAAAAAGGCCAUAGACGGAAAAACUGGACUGAACGCUGGUUUGUACUAAAACCCAACAUAAUUUCGUAUUAUGUGAGUGAGGAUCUGAAAGAUAAGAAAGGAGACAUUGUCUUGGAUGGAAACUGCUGUGUGGAGUCUUUGCCUGACAAAGAUGGAAAGAAAUGCCUUUUCCUCAUAAAGUGCUUUGAGAAGACCUUUGAGAUCAGUGCCUCGGACAAGAAGAAGAAGCAGGAGUGGAUUCAGGCCAUUCACUCUACCAUCCAUCUGCUGAAGGUGGGUAGCCCCCCACCGCACAAAGAAGCCCGCCAGCGCCGCCGAGAGCUCCGGAAGAAGCUGCUGGCCGAGCAGGAGGAGCUGGAGCGGCAGAUGAAGGAGCUGCAGGCUGCCAACGAAAACAAGCAGCGGGAGCUGGAGGCCGUGAGGAAGAAACUGGAAGAAGCAGCAUCUCGGGCAGCAGAAGAAGAAAAGAAACGCCUUGAGACGCAAGUGGAACUGCAGGCCAGGUUCAGCACAGAGCUGGAGCGAGAGAAGCUUAUCAGACAGCAGAUGGAAGAACAGGUUGCCCAAAAGUCCUGUGAACUGGAACAGUAUUUGCAGCGAGUACAGGAGCUGGAAGACAUGUACCUGAAGCUGCAGGAGGCGCUCGAGGACGAGAGACAAGCCCGGCAGGACGAAGAGACCGUGCGGAAGCUCCAGGCCAGAUUGUUGGAGGAAGAGUCUUCCAAGAGGGCGGAGCUGGAGAGGUGGCACCUGGAGCAGCAGCAGGCCAUCCAGAUGACAGAGGCGGAGAAGCAGGAGCUGGAGAACCAGCGCGUCAUGAAGGAGCAGGCCCUGCAAGAAGCCAUGGCGCAGCUGGCGCAGCUGGAGUUGGAGCGCAAGGAGGCGCUCGAGCAAUAUGAGGGAGUGAAAAAGAAGCUGGAGAUGGCAACUAGUAAGACCAAGAGCUGGAAGGACAAAGUGGCCCAGCACGAAGGGCUGAUCCGCCUGAUAGAACCAGGUUCCAAAAACCCUCACCUGAUCACUCACUGGGGCCCUGCUGCGUUCACCCAGGCCGAACUGGAAGAGCGACAGAAGAGCUGGAAGGGAAAGAAGGGCACAGAGUGACGCCGGCAGCCGUCCCAGCCGCGACGUGGCUUCCGUGUGUAGCUGGAAAGCUUUAUGCGAAAGACGAAAGGCACUGGCUUUGCUGCUUCUAAUUCUUCCUUCAUUCUCCUGUUGGGCCCCUAUACGGAGGAAGCCUGGUUAUCUCCCUGCAAACAAGGACUUACCUGGAAAGGAAAAACGUUAACACCAUCAGGCUCUCGAUACACUCUUUUGAAAACUGCAGCUUCUGGAAAUUCCUGUGCAGCUCUCAGAUUCUUGUCUGCGCCACUUUGUCGGCGUGUUUGUGGGGAGCGGGGGCUGGUGCUCAGGAUCACAGAUGAUCAGACGUCUGUGGGCCGGGGUCUGUCUUUUCCUUUGCCAGCAUGUGCCCUCCGAGUAUCUGUUUCUAAAGUAGAUUGGCCAGUUGCAUGGCAGCUCAUGUGGGAUGCCCUUGACUGUGCCGCUCCGAGACAAGUCAGCAGCUGCACGUCGAGCUGGCCCCCUCGACUGAGCGGCCGCAGUCCGUGUGUGUGUGGCUGUGCAGAAGGUUUGUUUAAUGCACGGUGUCACUAACAUCCUGGCUUUGGUAGCACUGUCUAGGCGGCAGAAAUCCUUUAAACAGUGCUUUGGCUCAGAUACAGUGAGUCCUCACCUAACAUCAUCAACAGGCUUUCCGACCCUAAGCGAAGUGACGUACAGCAAAACCAGUUUUACUGCAGGCCGGUUCAUAAAGGCCAGAGUUAAGUUUCCUAGCAUCUCAUCAACGUUGUAAUAGUGUUGAACAAAAUCAUGUUUUUCAAGGACCUGCUGUAUUUCUGAAUCAAAGCACAUAGAUGAACCAAGUAAACCCCGUUUGGAGUGAUAUUUUGAGACUAAUUGAAUGCCUCCUAAGAUUUAAAUUGGUUUCAGCUGUCAACGUGCUGACGCACCCUGUGGUUUACUGUUGCAGUGACUGUACAGGUGUUUCAGGAGUGUGGGAAUGCUCAUCGUAAUCAGGCCUUCACCUUAAUGAACAGGAAUGUGAUCGUUUAUAGGAAUCAUAGAUGAAGAAAGUUUUAAAAGUGUAUUUUUGUCAUGUGCCAUGUUGAAAGGGAACAAAAUAUUUAUGAUUUUCAAACAUUCUUACCUAAAUGUUGUGCAAUGUAAUAUGCUGAAAAUUCUUUAAUUUUUUGCUAAUUUUCUAAGAUAUAUUAAACAUAUUUUGUAUGGUUUUUAAAAAAAAA